CUAAACUGUUUCAAUUUCUUCGGUACCUACCUAACUGUUAUUGACUUAUUGUUAACAUGUCAGACAAAAUAUCAGCUGUUCUACUAUAAACAAUAAUUUACUCGAAAUAAACAUAACUAUUGAAAUAAUUUGAAUCGUAAAUGAUGCUUUAAAUAAUUAAGAUAAAAUAAAAAUUAUAUAGUAUUUGUAUCUAAAUAAUUUACGGCUAAAUAGUUACAUAACUUUAAAAGAAUGGCUACCAAAAAAGUUUUAAUUGGUGGCGGUACAGGAUUUGUGGGAACUCGUGCAAAUAAACUUUUAAGAGCCAGUAACUACAAUGUGGUCAAUAUAUCUAGAAUGCCUGCAGCUAAUAAUAUAUCUUGGACAUCAUUGGAGGCAUCUGGAUUGCCUUCAAAUACUUGUGCCGUUGUAAAUCUGGCUGGCCAGCAAUUCAUGGAUUUUACAAAAAUAUGGAGUCCUGGUUUUAAACAAAAUGUUCUAAACUCUCGUGUAUACACAACAAGAGCAUUAGCUACAGCAAUAAACAAAAGCAAAAGUAAACCCAAAGUGUUUGUUUUGAUAACUGGAGUCGGGGCCUAUGAGCCAUCUGAAACUAAUAGAUAUGAUGAGUCUAGUCCUUCAACAGGCAAUGAUUUUUUUUCAAAACUUCUUAUUGAAUGGGAGAAAGCUGCUAAUGUAGAUCCACCUGUCCGACUUGUAAUUAUUAGAUCUGGAGUGGUGAUAGGUCGUGAUGGUGGUAUGAUCAAGAAUAUGAUACUGCCAUUUUAUUUAGGCCUCGGUGGUCCAAUAGCAUCUGGCAAACAAUUUCUACCUUGGAUCCAUAUAGAAGAUUUAACCAGACUAAUUCAAUUUGCAAUAGAAAAUCAAGAAGUUAAAGGCAUAUUAAAUGGUGUUGCUCCUCAAGUUAUCACUAAUAUAGAUUUUACAAAGGCAUUUGCUAAAGCCCUGUCUCGACCAGCAUUUUUCACAGUCCCUGAGUUUGUACUAAAUCUUCUUCUACACAAGGAAAGAGCAAUGAUGUUAACUAAGGGCCAACAUGUUAUCCCCAAGAGAACAUUAGAAUAUGGUUUUCAGUACAAGUAUCCUAAUAUAGAUGCAGCGUGUGCAGAAUGUGCUCACUUAUUCUCAAAGAAUUAAUUUCCUCAGAAUAUUUUAAGCAAAAAUAAUUUAUAAUGAAUUUAAAAUAGAUGAAAUUUAUUUUAUAUAUUAAAACUUAAAUAUUAAUAUACAAUUUAAAAGACAUGAUAAAUUGAAGUCAUUAAAUUUAAGAUUUGUAUUAAUAAAGUGAUAGUUUGAUCUUGGA